UGAGCCCGUGAGCUCCAGUUUCUACGUUUUUACUUGCAGUUGUUUCGGUUCUGGUUUCAUUCUUGUCUGCUGUCGUUUAUAGAAAACCUCCAACAUGAAGCCCCGGAUCUCUGAAACUCGUUAACUGACGGUUUACGUCUUUAAACGAAACAAACUGGACCUUCAACUGUCGGAGCCUCUCGAACUGUUCCUGUUAGCUCCAUGCUAGCUGCUCGGGCCGGUGAGCACCGGAUUUCUGACGAGGCCUAGAUGAGAGAAGAUGAUGAAUGAAGUGAAGGUGGAAGAGGAGGAAGGAGGAGACGAAGACACUAAGUCAGGAGAAAAGAGCUGAACUGGAAUAACUGCAGGUGGAUGGAACAGGAGGAUCUGAUAGGAGGAGAGACAGGUGGGAUCUGCUCUGACGUGGCUCCUGAUUGGUGGAGCUGCUCAGGUUCCAGCCUGAGAGAGAGAGGAAGAGUAGAGCUGCAGGAAGAAAAGAAGGCGGCCAUUUUCAACUAAUACAUUGAUAACGGCAUAAAGUGAAAGUUCAAGACAAUAACCUUUAAUUAAACAGAAACAUUAAACUGGAAGACAUUUUAAACAUACAAAAUAAAAGGCAGAAACCGGAAAUAAAACAGAAAUAAAAACCAAACAACUGAAACCAUCAGUGAAACAGAUUAAAGGCCCGCAGAUGCCUCCUGACCAUCAAAGUUUCUGCUCUACUCCAGAACCGGCCUCGGACCAACCCAAACCCAAACGGCGCCACUGCUGCUCGCUGUGCGGCCGGGAGUUCGCCGGCCCGGCCCGUUUGGCCGACCACGUUGCCACCCACUACGGCUACAAGCCGCACAGCUGCUCUGUCUGCGGGAAGCGCUUCACCAAGAAGGUGAACGUGUUGGUGCACCAGCGCGUCCACACUGGGGAGAAACCGUACUCCUGCCCCGACUGCGGCGUCAGCUACGCCCAGCGCGGCUGCCUGCGCCGCCACCUCCUCAUCCACUCCCCGGAGAAACCCUUCAGCUGCUCCUUGUGUGGGCGUGGCUUCGUCCAGCGCCGCUACCUGGUCCAGCAUGAGCGCACCCACACGGGGGAGAAACCGUUCUCCUGCUCGCUGUGCCCCAAACGCUUCGCCUCCCGCAGCGGCCUGUCCGACCACCUGAAGACCCACCAGGAGCAGAAGCAGCAUUCCUGCUCGCUCUGCGGGAAAAGCUUCUCCUCCGCGUCGUCGUUCCGGGAUCAUGUGAGGAACCACACGGGACGCAAACUCCACCCCUGCUCACUGUGUGGGAGGAGCUUCAACCGGCCGAGUCUCCUGAAGAAACACCUGCAGAAACACCUGCAGAAACAUGCGGAUGGAACCCUGGAGAAGGAAGAAGCUGCCCUCCAUUGCUUCCUCUGUCAGGAGCAUUUCUCCUCCGUCAAAGAGGCGAAGGAUCACGAGCGGCGGUACCACGCCGCGACCCGGUUCUCCUGCGACGUCUGCAGCCGCUCGUUCACUCGCUCGUCCCGGCUGAAAGACCACCUGCGCUCCCACACGGGGGAGCGGCCGUUCCAGUGCGACGUCUGCAAGACGCGCUUCACUGUGCUGAGAGCGCUGAGGAAGCACCAGGAGAUCCACAGCCGGCCGAACCACCGGCCCGACACCGUACCGUCUGGCGGUCCGGAUCCGCCAGAACCGAUCCCAGACAAGCCUCUGGACAGAACCAGCGCCGCCCUGCAGGUGGAGAGCCGCAGCAACGAGUCACUGCCUUCACUGACUGAACCGAUCCCUGCCAGGACAGAGCCAGAGAAGAACCUGGAGGCCCAGGAAGUCUCAGAAAACCAGCGACCGGAACCGCCGGGCCCAGAGACCCCGACCACCUGCAGGAGUCUGGCGGUGAGGAAGAAGAGAAACCACAGCUGCUGCAUCUGCUCCAAGAGCUUCCUGAAGCCCUGCCUGCUACGGGAACACAUGAGGGUCCAUAUCAGGGAGGGCCGGCUGCCGGACCCGGCCGACAAGGUGUUCUGGCUCCACAUGCGGACCGGCGGCCAGAAGAAGAAAACUGUGAUGAUGAUGAGGAAGGAGGAUGAAGGUGUGGAGGAAGAGUGCCGACCCGGUGACCUCUCUACCUCUGACCCCGUCCUCGUGCCUGGCGCCGGGCAGCCUGCCGGUAACCAUGGCGACCAGGGUGGGAACCAGCGGGAGGAAGAGGAUGUCAGCGGUUUGAUCAACUCUGAUGGAGAGGAAGAGCGCUGGGAACCGGAGCGCCGCGCAGGUCCAAAGAUCAGCUCCGACCCGGCAGCAGACGGCCGCUCCACGGGAAAAUCCAAGAGCUGCUGCCCGGUGUGCGGCCGCGACUGCUUCAAGGCCUCUGCGCUGCAGAAGCACCUGCGCAUACACUCCGGCGAGCGGCCCUUCCAGUGCCCCACCUGCAGGAAGAGUUUCGUGCAGCACGUCCACAUGACGGAGCACCAGCGCAUCCACACCGGCGAGAAGCCCUUCACCUGCGCCGUCUGCAGCAAGAGCUUCACCUUCUCCAGCGCCCUGCGCCGCCACCAGCGCGUCCACACCGACGCCCGGCCCUUCCGCUGCGCCCUCUGCCCCAAGACCUUCAAGCAGCUGUGCGUUCUGAAGAACCACCAGCUGACGCACUCGGGCGUCCGCUACCAAUGCCCGCUGUGCAGCAAGAGCUUCAGCCGCGCGCUGGAGCUCACCUACCACAUCGACGUGCACUCUGACGCGCAACCCUACUACUGCAGCGUCUGCAAGAAGAACCUGAGCGGCGCCCGCAUCUUCAGGAAGCACAUGAGGAAGCACGAAUCCGACAAGCCAAAGCUCGACCCGGCGGCGGCACAGUCCACCAAAACCCAAUGAGGUCACCUCGACAGAUUCACUGCUAAACUUCCUACAGGAGCUCAGAAGGGCCAAACAAAGCAGAGACUCCGGUCUGAUGGGUCGAUGCCUUGCUCAAGGGCACGGUGAGAGACCGGCCAAGACGAAAUAGUCAGAUUCUCCACAAUAAAAAUUUGAUC